AUGGUUCAUCUAUCCCGAGUCACCAAAGAGAGCCAGCGCCGCAAACAGCACCGGAAAGCGCGAGAUGCUGCCGUCUCCGAGAACCGCGAGUAUGCCAGCGUUUAUGCAACCCGGUUUGCAGCGGAGGAACUUCCCAUGCAUGUAAUGAACGAGCGAGGGAUGCCUGCGGACGUGGCCUACCGCAUGAUCACGGACGAGCUUAGCCUUGAUGGAAACCCUCUCCUGAACAUGGCGAGCUUUGUCACUACGUAUAUGGAACAACAAGCCCAAGAUCUCAUGGCCAACGCAAUCAGCAAGAAUUUCAUCGACUUUGAACAAUACCCCCAGACAGCGGUGAUGCAGAACCGUUGCGUUAAUAUGAUUGCCGGGUUGUUCAAUGCCCCCCAGGGCUCUGAGUCCGGUAAUAGCGAAGGCGCUAUGGGGACGUCGACCGUUGGAUCCUCGGAAGCGAUCAUGCUCGGAAUGCUGGCGAUGAAGAAGCGAUGGCAGAACAAGCGUAAGGCAGAGGGCAAGGACUUUACGCGGCCGAAUAUCAUCAUGAACAGCGCGGUCCAGGUGUGCUGGGAGAAGGCCGCGCGUUAUUUUGAUGUCGAGGAGAAAUAUGUCUACUGCACCGAGGACCGGUAUGUGAUUGAUCCUGUCCAGGCAGUGGAUCUGGUCGACGAGAAUACGAUUGGCAUCUGUGCCAUCCUGGGAACCACCUAUACCGGACACUAUGAGGAUGUCAAGGCAAUCAACGACCUGUUGGUCAUGCGGAAAAUAGACUGUCCCAUCCACGUCGACGCUGCAAGCGGAGGGUUUGUCGCGCCGUUCCUCUGCCCAUCCUUGGUCUGGGAUUUCCGGCUGGAAAGGGUCGUCUCGAUCAAUGUCUCCGGACACAAGUAUGGACUGGUUUACCCCGGUGUGGGCUGGGUAUUCUGGAAAUCCCCCGAAUACCUCCCCAAAGACCUCAUCUUCAACGUCAACUAUCUAGGCGCGGAGCAAGCAACCUUUACACUGAACUUUUCCAAGGGAGCCGCGCAGGUCAUCGGCCAAUACUAUCAGCUUAUCCGGCUCGGCCACGACGGCUACAAAGCAAUCAUGCACAACCUCAACCAGAUCAGCGGCCAACUGGCCAACGGCCUCCGGGACCUCGGGUUCAUUAUCCUCAGCGACCACAGCGGUUCCGGCGGUGUUCCACUGGUAGCAUUCCGGCUUCCCGACGACGACAGCCGAUUGUUUGACGAAUUCGCUUUAUCGGCGGUGCUCCGGCGACGUGGAUGGGUGAUUCCAGCAUACACCAUGGCGCCGAAGAGCAACCAGCUCAAACUGAUGCGGGUUGUGCUGCGCGAAGAUUUCACCGCACAUCGCUCGGGGAUUCUCGUGCAAGAUAUCCAGAUGGCCAUGAAAUGGCUCGAGGAGAUGGACGAGACCACUAUCCAGCGGUACACACAGUAUCUCACCCAGCAUGGACCCAGCGCCCCAGCUGGCCACUCGUUCUACAAACACGAGCAACACUCGCUCCAGGGGAAAACGGGCAAGACCCAUGCGGUCUGCUGA